AUGAAAUGUGACGUGCUUUCAGCUAUUGAUAAAUUAAAAAUCUUUAAUAAUCUGGAAAUACCAAAGAAUACACUAUCAGCUUAUAUCGGUGAUUCCGAGACUGAUUUACCAUGUUUAUAUGUUGCAGAUGUUGUUGAUUUUGAUGUAUUCGUAAUUGAGAUUGAAAUUGCUGAUUUUGAAGUUGAGAUUGAAAUAGGUUUUGUUGAUUAG